GGGGUAAAUCAGUUUUUCAAGCAAACUAUGGCUACGGCGGAGUGGAUAUUGAUCUUCGUGAGUGUCUAUGUUUUUUCUCUGGAUGCAGCUGAAUGGCACUACGCGGGAGAUCAUGGGAUAUACGAAUGGCCGCAGGACUUCCCACACUGCGGAGAGGUGCGGCAGUCCCCGAUUGAUUUUCCGAAAGUUGAAGACAUGACUUACUCUAAGAUGACACCAAUUGAGUUUCACGGGUUUGAUGACCCUAGCAAAUAUCUUUUAAAACUAGAGAACAACGGACACACAGUCAAAGUGAAUGUGGAAAGUGGAGACGUAUACGUGGAAGGUGGAGGACUUCCGGGAAGAUUUAAGACAGCGCAGUUCCACUUCCACUGGGGCCAUAGUGGUGACGAGGGCUCAGAACACACCUUUAAUGGUCACAAUUUCCCCAUGGAGCUUCAUGUGGUUAACUACAAUGAGAAGUAUGGAAACAUUUCUAAUGCUGCAACAAAAGGCGGGGAUGGUCUAGCUGUGCUGGGUUUCUGGUACCAGGUGUCGGACCACGAUAACUAUGCACUGGCACCUCUUAUCAAUGAACUGGGCCAGGUCCCAGUAAAAGGUUCAAAAUUGAAUCUGACCGGAGUGAACCUUGGUCUUUUGCUGCCAAUCCACAUGGAUGAAUACAAUCCUCACUUUUACCGUUACUCCGGAAGUUUGACCACCCCUCCUUGCUUCCAAAGCGUUGUUUGGACAGUGUUUGAUAACAAAAUGCCAAUUUCCAGUGCUCAGUUACAAAUGUUCCAAAACCUUCACGAGGAUAAAGAACUACAGGGAGACCAUUUUCUCGUGGACAACUUCCGCCCAACUCAGCCUCUAAAUGAUAGAAUUAUCUAUCGCAACUUUGAAGUGGCUACCACUGGACACGAGCAACAGCAGCAGCAGCAAGAACAUCAACAGGCUCCGAGACGAAAGGCAAAGGUUAAUGUCCGUCUCCACUUGGUGGACUAAAUGUGUGUGUUUAAUGGCUUUGCUGCAUUAUAUGCGUGAUUUUACUUGAGUAUUCCUCUGAUUUAUGUUUUUUCCCUUUCAUCUUAAUCCCUUUCUUGAUGUGUAAACGGGUACCGGGCUCUUAAACUUAUCUCCUUCAAAUACUAAUUGGUUAUUUUUUUGAAAUAUAUACAUUUUUAUUAUAAUAAAAUAAACAAACUAGAAUGAAA